AUGGGUUCGCCACCUAAACGCUCACUACGCGCGCCAAAGCGUUUGACAAAUGAACACCACAUCGUAUCCGCAAACCGACUAGUUAAGCCAUACGCCGUUGACUACGGCGAGCCACCUUCCAUUGCGCAGGUUACACAACCUAGUGUACAGAUAACAGACCUUUGGCAAGCGCCUUCCACAUCUCAAAGAUGCAGCCAUACAUCCGCAGAAAAUAGAAACGCGGUGUCCGCGGCAUCAAGUGCACAUGCUGAUGAAAACCAAGCAAUCGAACAAUUGAAGAUGGAAUUGGCGGACCUGAAUCGCAACCUGCAAACGCUUAUGGACGAUACUCAAAAGUUUCGCGGAUGUUUGCACUCUCGUUACAAAAAUUUCGAGGAGUUCCUGCAGAAUUUCCAAUCAUUUCAACGAGAAAGCUGCACUUCAUUUUACCUGUACAGUUCGACGACGGCCAAGACUACGCCACCGUAA